GACUUCCUAGGUGACUGCUAAGCAUUUUUCAUUUUCACCAUGGCCGUACAACUUCUUACCCAAGCCGACGGCUAUGGCAUCAUCGUGGGAUUAUCAAUCCUCUUCUGCCUCAUCAUCCUUGCCGCCGUUCGCAUCCAAAAAAGAUAUCUCUCGGAAGACAGCGAUCAAUCCGAAAUGUUCAUGGUAGCAAAUCGUUCUGUCGGCACCGGACUCACAGCUUCUGCCGUAUUCUCAAGCUGGUAAUUACAUACUUCACUGCCGAUUCCACCCCGAGAGAAUCCAAUAUUAACCAAACUUUAUACAUCUAGGAUGUGGAUCAACGAGAGUGUUUUCUCAGCUGCCUAUACGUAUAAAUGGGGAAUAGCCCUCCCCAUCUGGUGGGCCAGUGGUCUCUCGUUCCAAAUCGCACUCAUGGCUGUGCUGGGCAUUGUAGCGAAAUUGAGGGUUCCUUAUGCACACACUUCGCUUGAAUUUAUCAGGAUGAGAUAUGGAAAUUAUGCGCAUUGGAUUUUUAUUGUGCUGAAUCUUAUCAAUAAUAUUUUUGGGUGCGGGAGUAUGAUUCUUGCGGGAGCGCAGUUGGUUACUGGGAUGACGGGUAUGCAUGUCGUUGCUGCAUGUGUGUUGAUUCCAGCUGGUGUUGUCAUUUAUACGGCUGUGGGAGGGUUGAAAGCGACAUUCUUGACAGACUUUCUACAUACUACUGUUGCUCUGAUACUCUUGAUCUACUUCUCGCUUGCGGUUCUGAGCAAUGAGCACAUUGGGGGUGUAUCAGGUCUCUAUGAAAAAGUGAAGGCCACAGAUGACUAUAUCUCCGGAAACUAUGAAGGUUCACUUCUGACGAUGAAGUCCAAGAGCGCCGUCUUGUUUGGUCUCGUCCUAAAAUUCGGUAACCUUGCUCUUGUCCUCAUGGACACCGGAUUCUGGCAAAAAUCCUUCGCAUCCGAAGUCCACUCGACGGUUCCAGCGUACGAUCUUGUCUCAAUCGUCAUUAUCGCAAUUCCAUGGUGCACAGGAACCAUUAUUGGCCUUAGCGCUCGCGCAAUCGAAAAGACUCCCAUCUGGUUCGACUAUCCCAACACUCUAACUAUGACCCAAGUAAAUUCCGGGAUGGUGAUGCCAUACGUCCUUCGCUCCUUAUUGGGCAAAGGAGCAACCACAGGUCUACUUGUACUUGUAUUCAUGGCCAUCACAAGUACUGUUUCUUCAUCCAUGAUUGCAGUUAGUAGUAUCAUCUCUCUCGAUUUCUUCCGCACCUAUAUAAACCCCGCUGCCUCGGAUCGCAAAACAUUAAAAGUCAGUCAUUGGGGUGUCGUAUUCCAUGGUUGUUUCAUGGCUGGCUUUGCUAUUAUGCUCGAAUAUGCAGGAGCGACAAACAACUGGUCAACGUACUUCCGUCCCAUCAUUGCUUGCCCGGGUAUCCUUCCCAUGAUCUUCACGCUUCUUUGGUCGCGACAAACAAAGCUAGCAGCUAUACUAUCACCGAUUUUGGGUUUGAUGUCGGGUGUAGCUACUUGGCUCAGUCUCUCGUGGUAUUGGUCCGGCGCAUUGAACAUCCAAACGACGCAGGUGCAGAUCCCAGGGUUGUAUGGAGCUAUCGUCUCGUUUUUCUCGCCAGCGAUAUACUCGAUUGUGAUUUCGUUGAUUUGGCCGAGCAAAUUCGAUUGGCGCGAGUUCUUAAGAAUUGGACUGAUCGAGGAUAAAAGCCAAACAAAUAGCUCAUUGACAUCUACAAUCCCCAGUAGUGAAGGUGUCAACCAACUCACUCAUGCAGGAGAUGAAAAAAAGACAGAAUCUUACACCACCAGCGGAGAUGAAGCCGGUCCUCCCUCUCCUCCUUCUAUAACACCAAACUCCCAACUUCCCCUUGACGAUGUGGUCCACCCAUUCGGAGACGAAACAAUUAAACACAUUAAUAAAUGGCUGAAAAUAGCUAGUGUAUUCUUUGUGGUCAAUGUUUUGGUCACGAUUGUUUUGUGGCCGAUACCACUCUACCGCGAUUGGAUCUUUACGAAGAGUUUCUUCAGCGGAUGGAUUGUGAUGGCGAUUAUAUGGCAUUUCUUUGCUAUUUUGGCGGUGGUGAUUUACCCAGUUUGGGAUGGGAGACUUGAGAUUGUGACGGUGUUGAAGGGCAUGAAGGGGGAGUGGAAAAGAUAAGAAUAGUGGAGGGUAGAUGCGUGGAUGGGGAUGGUUGAUACCUGGAUCUUGAAUGAUAUUUACGAGGUUUUUGUUGUUAUGAAUUGGACAAAGCAUAGAACUAGGUUUUGAAUUAUUUCGAUUAAUACUACAUAGUGUGUUUCUAGGCACUCGUCACUUUCAUCUGUGCAGUCAAUAUAACUUUUGAUAACGUUAUACUUCA